AUGUCUGAAACUCCCACGCCAGACCCGCCGGAUGAAUCAGACUCGUUCCCUCCUGCGAAUCAAUCGCCUCAGUUAGUGAAAUCCUCAAUACCGCUGUCGAUUCCGCCAGUAGAAGCUCUGUCGUAUGCUCGGAGAUUCAAAAACUCCUUAAGGAACCUCAGGAAAAUUUCUUCUCCUUCGUCAGAGGUGGAUGGAAUUCCGAUGGUUAUCGCUCCCGACUCAGUCGUCCUCCAAGCUUUACAAUCGUGGAAGGACCACAUCAUUGCUCAUUUCCACGGUCGAUGCCCAGCUCCGACAAGGAUCUAUAAUGUCCUUAACCCAGUUUGGGUGGCGACCCGUCAAUGGGUAUUGGAAGUUGGUUAUUGGCAGGUCGAUAACUGUGCAAUGACGGCGGUUCCUUGGUCGGCUGAUGCUUCCCUCGAGAUGCAAGACUUGGUCUCUGCGCCUACGUGGGCCAUUCUAAAAAGCAUACCUCCUCAACUCUAUUCGUUAGGCGGGAUUAGCGUCAUCGCUAGCGGUAUUGGCGAUCCGUUACAUACAGAAAACUCUAGACUGGAACCCUUUCACUUCGGAGAUACUAAGGUGAAGGUGGAAAUCAAACUGGAGAUUCUUCCUCCUCUAGCAGUCAUUGUUAGGGACACUCAAGGUUAUUCAGUUCGUGUGAAUGUGGAAUACCCACGUCUCCUCCGAAGUGCUGCAACUGUGGCAAGUUCGGUCAUAUGCUCAACAACACAAGUUACAGUAGUGGAUACAAAUAUAACUUCAGAGGGAUCCAACUCUAAGGGUAAGAUUGAGCCAGACUCGAGUCGAGAAGUGGAUUAUGCGUCUAACAAUCCAGAGGUUCAGAUGGACAAAUAUCAAGCUCCAGUGAUGGAACCGGUCUCUGAAGAUUGUAUGGAGGUGUUGUUACCGCCUAAUGAUCGCCCUACCCUUCCAGGGCCUUUACAGUCUAAGUCUGUAUCAGAAGAUGCUGGGGUAGAGUUAGAAGAAGAGGAAAUUCCGUUCUUGCCAUCUCCUGUAGCGAUCGCUCAUUGGAAGUAUUUUGGAGACGAGGGACUUAGAGGAGAACGCUCUAGGAUCUGGAUUGUGUGGGAUCCGACAAUUUCAGUCGUUGUAUAUAAGAAAUCUGCUCAGUUUAUUUUGUGUGGAGUGUUUGAUCCUGCUACUGGUAUCUCAGUUACAGUGGCAUUUGUUUAUGGAUUUAAUACUGAGAGUCAGAGAAAGGAUUUGUGGCGGGAGCUUUCAGUUCUUAACUCUUCCUCCACUCUUCACAACUCUGCUUGGUUGAUGGUAAGAGACUUUAACCAGAUCUUGAACACCAGCGAGCAUUACUCGAUCAAAUCAUAUGUUCCUCCUUUACGAGGAAUGGAGGAUUUAAGGUCCUUUUUGGAUACAAACAAGCUCACAUAUCUCAGCUGCAGGGGCACCUAUUAUAUUUGGACGAACUGUAGGCCGGAGGACCCUAUCUUGAGGAAGCUCGAUCGAGCUAUUGUUAAUCCGUCUUGGAAUCUUCAGUUUCCAGAGUCCUUAGCAACAUUUGAUCCUUCGGGCGACUCAGACCACUCUCCAUGUUUGAUAUCCUUCACUCCAGUAACUCUAUCAGGAAAGAAAAGCUUCAAAUACUCCUCCUUUGUGUCAACUCAUUCCAAUUUCAUCCCUAGUCUCCGGUUGGCCUGGAGUGAAUCGGUGGGAAUUGGAUCGAAACUUUUUACUCUGGGGCAGAAGCUAAAGAAAGCAAAAGAAUGUUGCAAGAGGUUGAACAGAGAUAAGUUCAGCAACAUCCAGCAGAGAACAAAGACUGCAUUAGAAGACUUGGAAAGAAUUCAAUUCUCGUUAAUGACGACCCCGACAGAAGCAUUGGUAACGGAGGAAUCUAUUGCAAGGGAUACGUGGGCAUUUUUUGCCUCUGCUCAAGAAAACUUCUUCAAGCUUAAGUCGAGGAUACGAUGGCUGCGAGAAGGAGACUCUAAUACAAAGUUCUUCCACCGUGUUGUUCUAGCUAAUCAGUCUUGGAAUGCUAUUCGAUAUAUCAGGGAUUCUACAGGUCUGAGAAUCUACAAUCAGCAACAGAUUAAAGGAAUGGCAGUGGCUUAUUUCAAAAACUUGUUGGGUUCAGAAAGCAUAGGCAUAGUCCCAAUGACAGUGGAGGAGAUCCGUGAUAUCCAUCCGUUCCGGUGCUCUACCUCAGUAGCUUCUGAGCCUACUCGGAUUCCUUCUGAGGAGGAGAUCAAGGCUGUGUUCUUUAAAAUGCCUAAGUGCAAGGCGCCAGGGCCCGAUGGUUUUCCAGCUGAUUUUUUCUGGAUGCUUGGGAGAUUGAAGUUCAAUGCUACAACGGUUGCUCUGAUCCCCAAGGUCACUGGGGCAGACAAGCUCUCUAAGUUCAGACCUGUCUCUUGUUGUUCGACAGUAUAUAAGGUUAUUGCAAGAUUGCUGAAGAAGCGUCUCAAGAUUUUUGUGCCGAAAGUUGUUCAACAUAACCAGGCUUAUGACAAUCUAAACUGGGAUUUCAUGCUCAAUAUCCUUAAGGCGUUUGCUCUUCCGGAGAUCUUUAUCGAUUGGAUUAAGGAAUGUAUCACCACUACAACGUUCAGUAUAGCUUUCAAUGGAGAGUUAUUGGAUUGUUUUCCAGGAAAAAAGGGAUUGAGACAAGGUGAUCCUAUCUCUUCGCUACUGUUUGUUAUGGCAAUGGACAUUCUCUCCAAGCUCCUAGACAGAGGCGCUAUGGAUCAUGUGUUUGGUAUUCAUCCUCUAGGUAAUGCCCCUCUUAUAACUCACAUUAGUUUUGCCGAUGAUGUGCUGCUGUUCUUUGAUGGGACAGACCAAUCGCUUCAAGGAUUACUCUCCAUCUUGGAUAAUUUUAACAACUGCUCUGGGUUGGGUAUUAAUAGAAGCAAGACAGCAGUAUUUUUUUAUGGUGGUGAUAGGGUCCGUAACCGAGCCUCUGCAGCCUCUCAUGGUAUCUCUCAGGGCUCAUUUCCGAUUCGUUAUCUAGGAGUUCCACUCACGACAAAGAAACUGAGAAAACAGGAUUAUCAGCCUCUGCUGGACAAGAUUCAUUCUUGGUUUACUUCUUGGACAGUUAAACAUCUCUCGUUUGCGGGUCGGCUGCAGCUGUUGAAAUCAGUGAUCUACUCAACUAUAUCUUUUUGGGCCUCUAUCUUUCUUCUACCGAAUGGUUGUCUCAGGGCACUGGAACAAAUGUGCAAUAGUUUUCUUUGGAAGGGAGUCCCAACAGGAGCAAGAGGAGCUAAGGUAUCUUGGGAAGCAUUAUGCUCUUCCACGAAAUCAGGAGGCCUUGGCCUUAGGAGGUUGAGCCCAUGGAACAUGAUCAUGGGACUGAAGCUCAUCUGGCUGUUGUUUGCCUCGUCUGGUUCUCUAUGGGUUUCGUGGACUCGAUUACAUUUAAUUGGUGCUGAUAAUUUCUGGAUCCUUGACGCUACUAGAUCAGGGAGUUGGGUUUGGAAAUCGCUUUGUAAGCUUAGGCAAUUAGCUCGACCGUUUGUGGUCUGUGAGGUUGGCUCAGGCAUUUCCGCAAGUUUCUGGCAUGAUAAUUGGACAUCAUUAGGACCGCUCUUACACUUAACGGGUGAGAUGGGUCCGAGGUUGAGUGGUCUUUCAGGGGAACCGGUGGUUCGUGAUGCUAUAGUGAAUAACAACUGGUGGAUGAGCACUUUAAGAUCAAGGAACCCGGUUAUUUGCUUUCUAAAGAAUUGCUUACCUGAUCAUCAAGCAAUAGUUACGUCAGAAGACGAUGACCGUUUUUUAUGGCAACUUGGUGAUGGGGCUCCUGUGUCGGAUUUCUCGUCUUCUCUCAUGUGGAACCACCUAUAUGAUAGGCUCCCGGAAGUGACCUGGCAUAAGGCAAUAUGGUUCAAAGGAAGGAUUCUGAAGCAUGCGUUUCUUGCUUGGUUGAUGGCUCUAGACAAAUUAUCCACAAAGGACAGGAUAAGGAAUUAG